AUGAAGAAUCUCUCCCCCAAGCCGCCAGGGCCGCAACCAUUGCUUACGGCGCUGAAUGUGGAAUCGCAGAUCCACUUGGUUAUCGGUUCAAAUCCAUUGGCCGCAGCACGAUGUACCAAGUGCCUUGAUUCAGGUUCGACGCCCAUUAUAAUUGCGCCUCCCAGUGAAGAUAUAAAUUCUUCUUUCCUCCAAAAGCUUCAAAAUGGGAACGUUCGAUGGGUACAACGACAAUUCAAAGAUGAUGAUCUAUCAACUUUGGGAAGAGAGGAGGUAGAUCAUUAUGUCGAUGCGGUAUUCGUUACAUUGGGGCCUAAUAACCCAUUGAGCAUUCACAUAUCCAAGCUUUGCCGGCGUCUACGGAUUCCAGUGAAUGUUGUGGAUGCACCCGAGCUUUGCUCUUUUACCCUACUUUCUACAUAUUCCGAUGGUCCGCUUCGAAUUGGUAUCACAACCUCUGGAAGGGGAUGCAAACUUGCCUCCCGGUUGCGACGGGAGAUUGCGUCUUGCCUGCCAUCUGGGCUUGGUAACGCAAUUGAAAUACUAGGAAACGUCAGGAAGCGGAUUUGGGAGGAAGAUGUCUACACGGAAUCCAGCGCAGGGUUUCAUUUCGAGGCUGAUGAUGACGAUUCAGCAGCUCAAAAACAUACAUUCAACUCAUUAAUGCUUCCCGAGGAUCCUGAAUCUGCAAAGACCAGAAGAAUGCGAUGGCUCUCUCAAAUAUGUGAAUACUGGCCCCUUCGUCGACUAGCAAGCAUCACGGAUGCGGACGUGGAAAAGAUCCUGGCCGCAUACAAACAAGCCAAAGCUGAACAUAUUAACGACGUGAAACUUGAACUUGGGGGAAAGAACGGGCAAGUCAUCCUGGCUGGAUCAGGGCCUGGCCAUCCGGACCUCGUCACACGCGCGACAUAUCGAGCCAUCAUGUCUGCAGAUCUUAUCUUAUCUGAUAAACUGGUCCCAGCUCCAGUGCUUGACCUCAUUCCCCGAAGAACAGAAGUGCGCAUCGCACGCAAAUUUCCAGGAAAUGCAGAUAAAGCCCAGAAUGAAUUGCUUGAAAUGGCAUUGGAAGGGUUGCGCGCCGGCAAGAGAGUUCUACGUCUCAAACAAGGUGAUCCGUAUUUAUAUGGUCGUGGAGCAGAAGAAUACGAAUUCUUCAGAUCAAAGGGCUAUACACCCAUCGUGCUCCCAGGAAUAACAAGUGCAUUGAGUGCACCAUUGUUUGCGGGCAUAUCCGCGACUCAUCGUGGAGUUGCUGAUCAGGUUCUUAUCUGCACAGGAACAGGUCGGCACGGGGCUGCACCAGAGCCGCCCAGUUAUAUUCCUUCCCAGACCGUAGUGUUCCUUAUGGCACUACACCGACUUCCAUCCCUUUUGGAGUCCUUGACUACGCUUGGUCCUGAAGAUAAGGGUUCAAGGCACCCUUGGCCAAGAGAUACUCCGUGUGCAGUCAUUGAGAGGGCCUCAUGUGCAGAUCAGAGGGUUAUCAGGUCCACACUAGAACAUGUUUGCGCAGCUAUUGAGGCAGAGGGCUCAAGACCCCCUGGCCUACUCGUCGUUGGCAAGAGCUGUGAGGUCCUUCAUCGUACUGACCAGCCUUGGGUUGUUGAAGAGGGCUUCAAGGGGCUAGACGACAUAGGAUUAAGUGAUGGACUGGAGGUUAUUGACGAAUUGGGUCGUGAAUCUUGA